GUUUAAAAGUAUAAAUGGUAAAAUCACGGUUAAAUAACGGUUUAUUGGUUCUACUAAAGGCUGGUACGGUACAACGUUGGUAAAAGCUCCAGCUGGCCUCAAUUUAUCCAUAUUCAAUAUGGACAUGUAAAGACACUCACCCACUACCUCAACACUCUUUUACUUUCUUCUCGGCUGGCCUGUGAAACUAGCAGCAAAAAAGCUUGUUAGAGGUGCAUACAAUUCUCUCAAGAGACAAAGAAACAAUAGACAAUCCACUGCUUCUUACCUCAACAUGAUUUCCGACGACGAUCUGUACUCCCUGGCCAUAUUCCUUGGCUCAACGGCCAUGGUACUCAUUGUACUAUACCAUUUCUUCGAGGUCAAUUCGCAAGAGGACAGCACCCUGAGCGAGAAAGCCGCGAAAUCAACACUAGCGCACCAGCCGGCAGCAGUGGGAAAGCAACCAGGAGUGACAAAAUGAAGGAGACGGAUAUUAUAAACUUAUGGGUCCUAGGCGUUAUAUAAGAUGCGGAACAUCAUCCGGAUAGUUGUUCGUUCAUGUAAUCUGGAUGUCCAGGGACGUGACCAAGCCAUGGGUUAAUAAGAGCUAUUCUACGAAGGAAUAUUCUUUGAUCAAAUAAUUUGAUCGGUCUCGACCCGGAUAUCUGCCAGAGGGUAUUGCAGUAGAUGGACUGCUAGUGUACACUACUUAAGGGGGUGAUGUUAUAUGUUCUAGAAUGAGCUAGACAGCCUCUGUUUUCCUAAGGACCUACUAGCUUGUAGAAAAGACUCGAAUUAAGAGAUUACUAGACUAGGAUUCGAUUCCAAGUCAUUUAUCCCUUAAGUGUCGUAUUCAAAUCCCAUAUACAAUGAAUUCG